AUGGCUGAACAAGAACAAUCCCCAAAAUCCAUUUACGAUUUCACUGUCAAGGAUAUUCAUGGAGAUGACGUGCCGCUGAGCUCUUACCAGGGGAAGGUUCUUCUCGUAGUGAACGUGGCUUCUAAAUGUGGUUUGACGCAGUCAAAUUACAAAGAAUUGAACAUUUUGUACGAGAAGUACAGGGACCAAGGUUUUGAAAUUCUAGCAUUUCCUUGUAAUCAGUUUGCUUGGCAAGAACCAGGAACUAAUGAGGAAAUUCAGGAAACUGCAUGCACUAGAUUUAAGGCAGAAUUCCCAAUAUUUGACAAGAUUGAGGUCAAUGGAAAGAAUGCUGCACCCCUCUACAAGUUCUUAAAGUCGGAAAAAGGUGGAUUAUUUGUAGAUGCCAUCAAAUGGAAUUUUACAAAGUUUCUCGUUAACAGAGAAGGAAAAGUUGUGGAGAGAUACGCUCCUAGGACGUCACCUCUACAAAUCGAGGAAGACAUAAAAAAGCUUUUGGGAUCUUCUUGA